CCCGUCCCCGUGGGGCUAUGAAGCCCUAGAGCCCCCCCGGGCCGUAGCAACCGUUCGCCGCCAGCAUGUUCGGGCGCUCCCGGAGCUGGGUGGGCGGCGGGCACGGGAAGGCCGCCCGCAGCAUCCACUCCUUGGACCACCUCAAGUACAUGUAUCAUGUUUUGACUAAAAAUACAACAGUAACAGAUCACAAUCGCAACCUGCUGGUAGAGACUAUUCGUUCUAUAACAGAGAUCCUUAUAUGGGGGGAUCAGAAUGACAGCUCAGUAUUUGACUUUUUCUUGGAGAAGAAUAUGUUUGUUUUCUUCUUGAACAUCUUGCGUCAGAAGUCUGGUCGUUAUGUGUGUGUACAGCUUCUGCAGACUCUGAACAUCCUUUUUGAGAACAUCAGUCAUGAAACAUCGCUGUAUUACCUGCUCUCCAAUAACUAUGUAAAUUCUAUUAUUGUCCACAAAUUUGACUUUUCUGAUGAGGAGAUCAUGGCAUAUUACAUAUCAUUUUUGAAAACUCUUUCCCUGAAACUCAACAAUCAUACUGUACAUUUCUUUUAUAAUGAGCACACUAAUGAUUUCGCUUUGUACACUGAAGCUAUUAAAUUUUUUAACCACCCAGAAAGCAUGGUCAGGAUUGCUGUUAGGACUAUAACUUUAAAUGUCUACAAAGUGGACAACCAACCUAUGCUGCAUUACAUUAGAGAUAAAACUGCUGUCCCUUAUUUCUCCAACCUUGUUUGGUUUAUUGGAAGCCACGUGAUAGAACUGGAUAACUGUGUGCAGACUGAUGAAGAGCACAGAAAUAGGGGCAAACUGAGUGACCUGGUAGCAGAACAUCUUGAUCAUUUACAUUACCUUAAUGAUAUCCUUAUCAUUAACUGUGAAUUUUUAAAUGAUGUGCUGACAGACCACCUACUUAAUAGGCUCUUUCUUCCCCUCUACGUGUAUUCAUUAGUAAAUCAAGAUAAGGGUGGAGAGCGGCCAAAAAUAAGUCUCCAAGUUUCUCUCUAUCUUCUUUCUCAAGUUUUUCUAAUUAUACAUUAUGCCCCUUUGGUGAACUCAUUGGCUGAGGUUAUACUUAAUGGUGACCUCUCGGUGUUUUCUUCUAAAAUUGAGCAAGAUAUACAGAAAAACUCAGCAAAGUCGAGCAUCAGAUGUUUCAUAAAACCAACAGAAACACUUGAGAGGUCUCUUGAAAUUAACAAACAGAAGGGGAAGAAGAGGGUGCAGAAAAGACCCAACUAUAAGAAUGUUGGUGAAGAAGAUGAAGAGGAGAGAGGAUCUGAAGAUAACCAAGAUGACCUAGAUAAAACUAAAGGUACAGAAGCGAGUUCAAAGGGCAUCAGAACAAGCAGUGAAAAUGAAGAAAUAGAGAUGGUAAUCAUGGAGAGAUGUAAACUGUCAGAAUUGUCUAUCUCUACUGUGACAGAACAGAAUACAACAGAUGAAGAAAAGAGUGCAGCUGCCUCUGGGAGUGAGAUAACAAACUGGAACAGGCCUUUUCUUGAUAUGGUCUAUAAUGCACUGGACUGUGCUGAAGAUGAUUACUAUGCCCUCUUUGUGCUCUGUCUUCUAUAUGCAAUGUCACACAACAAAGGAAUUGACCCAGUCAAGCUGGAGAGAAUUCAACUUCCAGCUCAACAUGCUGAAGAGAGAAAUUCAUAUAAUCAUGUACUUGCAGAAGGGCUUAUCAGGAUAAUGAAUUAUGCUGCACAACCAGAUGGAAAAAUCCGUUUGGCAACUUUAGAACUUGGCUGCCUGUUGCUGAAGCAGCUUGUGUUUUCUAAAAAUGGCAGCAUCAUAAAAGAUGUUCACCUUGCUUGCCUUGAGGGUGCGAGGGAAGAAAGUGUUCAUCUCCUCCGUCGUUUCUAUAAGGGAGAAGAAAUUUUUCUGGAUAUGUUUGAAGAUGAAUACCGGAGUAUGACAAUUAAACCCAUGAAUGUAGAGUACUUGAUGAUGGAUGCCUCAAUCUUGUUGCCUCCAACGGGGACACCACUGACUGGUAUUGAUUUUGUGAAAAGAUUGCCUUGUGGAGAUGUGGAAAGAACACGAAGAGCAAUCAGAGUUUUCUUUAUGCUCCGUUCACUAUCACUGCACUUGCAAGAUGAGCCAGAAACUCAGUUACCACUCACAAGGGAGGAAGAUCUGAUAAAGACAGAUGAUGUUCUUGACUUGAACAACAGUGAUCUCAUUGCUUGUACAGUCAUAACAAAGGAUGGUGGUCAAGUUCAAAGAUUCCUGGCUGUGGAUAUUUACCAGAUGAGUUUGGUUGAGCCAGAUGUUGCCAGACUCGGAUGGGGAGUAGUUAAGUUUGCAGGCCUUUUGCAGGAUAUGCAGGUGACAGGAGUAGAGGAUGACAGUAGAGCUCUAAACAUAAUAAUUCAUAAGCCUGCCUCAAGCCCUCAUUCUAAGCCCUUCCCUAUCCUUCAAGCUACAUUUAUUUUUUCUGAUCACAUUCGCUGCAUUAUUGCAAAACAACGUCUUGCAAAAGGCCGCAUCCAAGCUCGACGUAUGAAAAUGCAGAGAAUAGCAGCUCUCCUGGAUCUUCCUGUUCAGCCUUCAACUGAAGUUGUUAUGGGUUUUGGACACAGCUCUGCAGCUACAGCUCAACACCUUCCAUUUAGAUUUUAUGAUCAGUCACGACGUGGUAGCAGUGAUCCUACAGUGCAACGCUCUGUUUUUGCAUCUGUUGACAAAGUUCCAGGCUUUGCUGUAGCCCAGUGUAUAAAUCAGCACAAUCCGUCACCACUCUCAUCACCAUCACCUUCCAGUGGCAGUGGGAGUACAGGACGCUGUGAUUCAGUGACUGCAAGCUCAACAUCCACUCCUGCUGUACAGAGCCCAUCAGGUCUGGCAGGAAAGGACGUCGGCGGGUGUUUAGUCUGUCGGAGGCUGACAGUCACGGUGGACACUGGGUUUAGGUCUUCAAGCAGCAGCUGCAACAGAAACUCGCGCAAUAUCAAUUCAGAUGAUGCUUCAGCUCCAGAGCAGCCUCAGAUGACCAUUUCUGGUCAAAUGAUGUUGACUGAUGAAACUCUUUCAGCUGUCUCAAAGUCUAGCAAGAAUGCUGUAAAAAACAGUGACAUAGAAACAGCAAACCUGUCUCCUAGCCUGAUUCCUGCACAGCAGCCCACAAUAUCAUUAAUAACAGAUGACAAUACAGAUGCACUAAGUGUAGAGUCGCUUACACUGGUGCCACCAGUUGAUCCACACAGUAUUCGAACAUUCAGCUACAUUCCUCAGUCCUCUUUGCAAUCUGAAGUUUGCAAGGUGAAAGAGGUGGAGGAAGAAUGUUCUGACUAAAGCCAACCUGCAGACUGUGACAAACA